AUGAAUUCACCGAAUAUGAGAUCAGAGCAACUGACUCCCAAAAUGUCACCCAUUGCCUUAUGUUUAGAUGAUCCCAAGAAUAGUUCUGCUUUUCAAUCACUAUUAUCGUCUCCUACAAAGUUAAAUUUGGAUAAUUCUAGUGGAUUUUAUUCGACAUCUUUAUCGAAAUUGAAUGAUUACGCUCGAUCUGGUCGAUCAAGAGAAAGACGAGGUUCAGAAACUUUUAGGUCGAUAUCACCUAUUAGAUUUAAUUUAUCCACAUCAAAUAAUAAUAAUAAUAACAAUAAUAAUAUGGGACCUAAAAUGUUAAAAUCUGAAUAUUUAACUCAAAAGAAGACAAAUUUACCACUGUUGUCAACUUUAUUGAAAUCAGCCGCGUCGACAAAAGAUAAUAAUGGUAAACCUGCAGCAACUACAGUAACAACAAAAUCAUCAUCAUCAUCAAAUACUAUCACAGAUAAUUCAAUGUUAAUCAGAGAGACUUUGGAACAAAUUCAACAACAACAAAAGAAUCUGCAAAAACUAAACAAAACGAAAACAAAAAAAUCAAAGAGUUCUAAGAAUAACAUACAAAUUCAAGUACUAGAUACGAAUGUCAUAAAUAUCAAAGACAAUAAUAUACCAGAACCCAUUGUCCCUGAUAAAUUAGUUGAAUUAUCUUUGAGAAGUAACUCCAUUGUAAGUGGUGGAUCGACGUUAGAAAACGAGCACGGAGGAGAAAUAGAGGUCAAGAAAAGAAAUGACGAAGAGAAAGAUAUUUUGUCUGAAAAGGAUAGAGUCGUAUCAAAUACUUCAACAGUAUUUCAUUCUCAAAUCCAUAAUAAUGAUACUCCUAACGAUUUUUCGUUACUGAAUGUGGAAAAUUUUCCAAUCGAUAAGAAUGGAUUUAUCGAUAUGAAUACUCAUCAAAAGUAUUCUAGAAAUCCACAUAAUAUUGGCUCAAAUGGCGGUAAUAUCAGUUCUCCUACAUUAAACAACAAACCAGGUAAUAGAUUUAGUUUUAUUUCUUCAACAUCUACUGAUUAUGAAUUUUUAUUUGAUCAACAAGCUGUACCAAGUGUUCAUGGACCACCAGCCAUAAACUCACAGCAUUUACACCACCACCAUCAGCAACAAUUUCCUUACUCACAAUCUUCAGUAUCUAAUUCAAACUCUAAUCUUAGAUCUGCCCAAGAAAUGGACACUUCUAAAUUAGAUUUGAAAAUCAAAUAUUUAGAAAUUGAGAUUCAAGAAUUAAAAUUACAGAAUGAAAAAUUGGUAAAUUCCAUGAAUGUCAAUCGUACUACAGAAGAUAACCUUUUAAUUGAACUAUUAAGACAAAAGACAGGUGCUUCUGAAGAUAAUUCCAUUGCUGACUCUAAUUCUGAAACCGGAUCUACUACCACGAAAAAGAAUAGAUCAAUGGAAAAGAAAGUAAAAAUGUUAGAAAAAAAAUUUGAUGAUUACAAGAAAGUCCUGGAGAAAUUGAAUUAUAUUGAUCAAAAUAUAUCAAUCGAGGAUUCAGCUCCAGUAGAUAUUCCCAAUUUCAAAAGAAGAACCAGAAAGCCUAAAAGAAAUACACUCAGACUACCAAAAGUUUCAAGAAUCUCAAGAAUCUCAAGUGUUGAUCUAAGAAGAAUAGAAGAGAAUUCUGACUACUCAAGCUUAGUUAUUUCUUCUAAGAAUAAUGCAUCGUCUAACGAAGAAGAUUUAAUUGAAGAGUACGAAGAAGGUUCUUUCGAUAAUUCAGAUUCAGAUGAAGGUGAUGCUCUAGAAUAUGAAGCUGAUGAUGAAAAAGAAAGUUAUCCACUGAAAGGACAUAUACAGCUAAUCAAAAGAAAUCCUAAAAAAGGUUUACAACUUCACAUUCCAAUUCAAAAAUAG